GCGACGCCGCCCGCGCGCUCCGCCCGCGCCGCCGCCCGGCCGCCCCCCGCGCGGCUCCCGCACGCGCGCCGGGCGCUCGCAGUGCUCUCCCGGCCGCCUGCUGCCGCACCGAGACGGCGCGCGCAGGUAUGGCGCACGAGGAAGGAGCUACCCCUGAGUUGCUAGAUGCUCUCGUCGACAAGCGCCACCGGUCGUACAUGUCUGCGGUCCGUGGCAUCAGCUUAGGGACGUUUCGGGCUCGUGUGCCCAUGUCGACGAUGCCGAUACACCGUCGCUGGGUUCCUAGGUUACGCGCUUCAGGUCUUCUCCCGAUUGCGCGACUUGUGGAGGGAGAUAUGGCCGACCCUACAUGUCGACCUAGGGACAGGGCUCCACGGUUCCAGUUCGACAUGUCCCUCCUCAUGGCACUUCUCGACCGUUGGCGUCCGGAGACGCACACGUUUCACCUCCCGGUUGGUGAGAUGACCCCUACUCUUCAGGACGUGGCGAUGCUUCUAGGCUUGCCGUGUGCUGGACGAGCUGUGGGUGUAGAGGACGUGGGACUCUCGUGGCGCGAGGACCUUUUGCCUCGGUUUGCCGGGGUUCAGAGCAACGAGCUAGCGUUGCCGUACCGGCCCUUGCCUGCGAACCACGCACACGGACCGACAAAGAGGUGGCUUCUACAGUUCAGUGUGAGUACAUAA